GAGGACAACGAACAUGUCUCUCAAAGACCGUGUGACGAAGAGAGCAAUACUAUGGUUGCUUAUUUUCGUUGGCUGUGGAGUGAACUACAUGAUCCGGGCGAACAUCAACAUAGCCAUCGUCGCCAUGGUCCAGAUGACGACAGCAUCAGACGAAACCGCAGUCGCCAGCGAAUGUAUUGACGAUGAGUUCUCCCUGACCGGAAACUACACCCUCAAUAGCAAUAUUACUGUGCCUGGCUACAAUGUGUCUACAGAGAACAGGUUUGACUGGGACGAACACCAGCAGAACAUGGUGAUCGGCGGCGCUUUCUGGCUGUACUGGGCGGGGCAGCUGCCCGGCGGGACGCUGGCGCAGUACUACGGCACCAAGAGGGUGUUCGGCUACUCCAACCUCUUCUGCUGUGUGACGACGCUGCUGGUGCCGCUGUUCGCGCAUACUGACUACAGGCUCUUGGUGGCUCUUAGAGUUCUUCAAGGGGUCUCUAUUGGACUUUCAUGGCCAUCACUAAACCGAAUCGUCUCGCAGUGGAUACCUCCUGACGACAGAAGUAAAUUUAUGAGUUCUUACAUGGGAGGUUCUAUCGGCACUGCUGUGACCUUCCCACUGUGUGGUAUGCUGAUCCACUAUCUGAACUGGCAGUCGGUGUUCUAUGUGACCAGCGUCAUUGGGAUCGCUUGGUUCGUCUUCUGGUGGUGGUUAGUGUUCGACAGCCCCUCCCAACACCCAACCAUAACGCAAAAGGAGCUCGCCUAUAUACGAAGUUCGCUUGGAGACACUGUCUCUGAGAGGAAGUUUCCAAUUCCUUGGCGCAAGAUACUGACGUGUCGACCAUUGCUUAUAGCGAUUGUAGCCGACUGGGGCUGUCUGUGGGGGAUGUACACGCUCCUGACACAGGCGCCGACAUACCUCCAAAACGUCCAGGGGUGGAGUGUGCAGAUGCUUGGACUCGUGACGGGGGUACCUCAUAUUUUCCGGUUGGUGGUCGGGGUUCUGGUGGGUUCCUGGUGUGACCAUCUCCGCGGCAGUGGAAAGCUCUCUGUCACCAACGUCCGGAAACUGGGAACUUUUGUAACAAACAUUGUCCAAGGGCUGUUUAUGCUGGGUCUGGCCUUCUCCGGCUGCAACUCCGUUGUGGCCGCCAUCUGUCUGACAGUAGCGCUCUCAGCUUCCGGAGCAGAGACUGCUGGACCCAUUGCAACGUAUGUCGACCUCAGCCCCAACUUUGGAGGGAUCCUAAUGGGCAUCGCAAAUACAAUCUGCGUGACACCCGGCGUCAUAUCAGCUGCUACGGUGGGAUACCUAACGUACAAAAACCAAACCACCGAACAAUGGAAGAAGGUUUUCCUGAUAGCAUCGGGGGCGCUUUUAGCAACAGGUGUGCUGCAUCUCCUGACGUCCUCCGCGGAAAUACAGGAGUGGAAUUCGCCCCCUGUCGUGGAGAGACAGCCGAAGAGCUACCGAGAAGAGCCGGAGGACGGCGAGGCGCAACAGCGCCUCACUGCGAACCCGGAGAGAACUCAGCUGGAGGAAAUUAAGGGAAAAUGGUGAACAUCGGGAAACGCGCAAUAGGCCACCGGGCUUGAAGAGGUGGUUGUCAGCAGUAUCUCACGCAUGCGAACCGCCGACUAAAGGUGCUACUGAAAGGGUUAUUUGCUUCGAAUGACAGCUGCCAACAAGUUAUUAUUUAAAUACCAGAGGAUUCCAUUGCACCACCUUCCGUUAUAUAGAUCGUUUACCAUCUCAUCCAAUUCCCAUCAUUUCUUACUCACACUGAAAAUUUUCAUUUAGCCUUUACUAUCCAGAAACUCGACACAAUCAACCUCCUGAUUUUCUCCUCUAUUAUCCAAUAUGAGUAUGAUGCCUGCCUCUCUCAGACAACGGAAUCCACCUCGUCCAUCGGCUCCCUAUCCUACCACAUAUUAGCACUCCUCUCUCCCUCUUCAUCUUUUCCUAUUCCUUUUGCUCCUCAUACCGCGACUUACAUGACACUACAGUCUCAUAAUCAAGUUCUGCAUCUUGCCAUCCACUCCCUAAAACCACUAUCACCAUACUACAACUCAUCACUCUGCGAUUCUUGACUCAGACACAAUGAUCUUACACAACCUGUAAUCUUUCCUCCCCUAAUACUAUCCUUUUUCUGAGUUGGUCUUCCCUAUUUUUGUGAAUUUGCAAUGCUCCUUUAAAAGAAAUUGCACGUUUCUGUGCUAUCUUUUCUUUAUGAGAAGUCACCGUUUAAAUUUUUAAAGUUACCAAAGAUAAUUACAUUUUUAAUUAUUGUAAAACCAAAUGUAAAUGUUUGCUUUUAAUUACAUUUAUCAAUUUUAUGUAUUUAAUUAUGAUUUUAUAAUGCAACCCCACCAUUAUCAGCUUCAAGCGUUUGGUCUAAUUCGGCGACAUAUUGGUCCUCCUAUCCUUUCCAGAGGCGACUUACCGCUGUGUAUUGCAAAGCCAGAAUCGAAUUAAAGACCUAAGCCCCCAAGAAUGAUUACAAUGUUUUUGAAAACCGUUAGACGGAAGAGCAUUAUGUUAGUAUUUCUGGCAGACAGCCAUCCAACCAAAACGGGUAGACGGGGUUGGAGCGACAAUAAAAGAAAGAAACUUUACCCUAAUACAGACGUAAACUACUUUUGUCCAAACUACACCUGUGUCCUUAAUCCUUUCCAAUCUAGAACUGUUGCUACGCUAUUGUUCACAAAUCCCAGUCCCUCCACGCCAUAUCUUCACCAAAGAGUACAUUCCAUACCACAUGCCAAAGGCAACUUUAAUAUCGUCUUUCUCCCUGGCGUAGAAUUUCAUGCCUAUUGUUGCGAUUUCCUACCAGUUAUCGUCCUAGCCCGCUAUCCUUUCUAUGUAUCGAAACUUCAAUACCCCAUCCCUGCUUUGCCGAUUUCCAAAUUUCUAGCCUCAUAUCUUUCAUUACAAGCUCACAUCCCCCCCCC